AUGACAUUAGCCGGCUUAGGUUUAUCUACCUUGCAAUCUGGUAAUACAAUUUAAAUUGUAACACGUUGAAGUGGUGUGUGAUAAAUCAGCUGUUUUGAAAAAAUUAAAUAUUCACGUGAAAAUAUAUAUUAAAAAAUCAAAAUGAGAAUUGCUGUGGAAGGUUGCGCUCAUGGAGAGCUAGAAAUUAUUUACGACAUUCUAAUGGACACGGAAAAAAGUACUGGCAAAAAAGUAGAUUUAUUGGUUUGUUGUGGUGAUUUUCAAUCAGUAAGAAAUGCUGAAGAUUUAAAUUAUAUGGCUGUUCCAGAUAAAUAUAAAGAACUGUGUUCUUUUCACAAAUAUUAUUCAGGAGAAAAAACCGCUCCAGUGUUGACAAUAUUCAUCGGAGGUAAUCAUGAGGCUUCUAAUUAUCUCCAAGAACUUCCUUAUGGAGGAUGGGUAGCUCCCAAUAUUUAUUACAUGGGAUACGCAGGGGUGCUAAAUGUCGGCGGAAUUAGAAUUGCUGGCAUUUCUGGAAUUUUUAAGGCUCAGAAUUUGCUCGCUGGACAUUUCGAGCAGCCGCCUUAUAAUGGUUCAACUAUUAGGAGUGUAUAUCAUAUUAGAAACCUAGAAGUCUUUAGGUUGAAACAGUUAAGUGGAAACAUAGAUAUAUUUUUGUCCCAUGAUUGGCCUUGUGGAAUUACAAAGUAUGGCAACGAAAAAAAAUUACUGAGGUUUAAAAAGCACUUUCAAGAAGACAUCGAGAACAACGCUCUAGGCAGCCCACCAGGAAUGGAGCUCCUCAAGCAUCACUACCCGUCAUACUGGUUUGCAGCUCAUCUUCACUGCAAAUUUGCAGCCCUGGUCCCGAAUGAGAAUCGUGAUAAAGUAACAAAAUUUUUGGCUCUAGAUAAGUGUCUGCCCAAGCGUAAAUUCUUGCAAAUUUUAGACAUACCACAUGAUGAGACACAAUCACUGUCUCUGUCGUAUGACAUAGAGUGGCUCUCUGUUUUGUUGUUGACAAAUUAUCUGCUUAGUGUUAAAAACACACCCACUUACAUGCCAGGACCCGGUGGAGCCGGUCGUUGGAAUUUCACUCCAACUGAAGCUGAGAAAAAUAUUGUGUUGGAAAAAUUUAAUGACGAUUUAAAAGUACCUUUGAACUUUGAAAGAGAUAAUGAAUUGUCUUGGGGAAUUAAAAAUUUACCUGUUAAUAAUCAAACUAAAUUCUUUUGCGAAAAAUUGGGAAUUGAUGAUCCCAGUGAGCUUAUAAAACUUCAGCAAAGUAGAAGUUAAAUUAAAUAGUCAUUUGUAUUUGUAAAAAUUA